AUGGACGCCGAGUACCCUGCCUUCGAGCCCCCGCUCUGCAGCGAGCUCAAGCACCUGUGCAAGCGGCUCCAGGAGGCUUACCGCGAGCUCAAGGAGGACCUCACGCCUUUCCGAGAUGACCGCUACUACCGGCUGGCGCCCAUGCGGCUCUACACGCUCUCCAAGCAUCACUUCGUCCUGGUGUUCGUCGUCUUCUUCGUGUGCUUUGGCCUGACCGUCUUCGUUGGGAUCAGAGGGCCCAAAGUGAUCCAGACUUCUGCAGCUAAUAUUUCACUAAAUAAUAGCAAAAAGCUAAAGCCAAUUCAAAUAUUUUCCAAACCACUGUCUACAUAUAAUCAGCAGCUAUGGCUGACGUGUGUUGUCGAGUUGGAUCAAUCAAAAGAAACAUCUAUUCAGACAACCUUCACCAUGACUGUUAAGGUUGAUGGUGUAGCUCAGGACGGGACCACCAAGUUCAUCCAUAACAAAGUUCACAAUCGGACGCGGACACUCACGUGUGCAGAGAAAUGUGCAGAAAUCAUCGUGGCUCACCUCAGCUACCUGAAUUACACUAAGUAUACAGUGACUGUGGGAUUCGAACACCUAAAGCGGCCCAUCAAGGAAAUGAACUUCACCUGGAAGACUUAUGACCCUGCAUUUUCCCAUUUGGAAAUCUGGUUCCGGUUCGUCUUUGUGGUGCUUACCUUCAUUGUCACUUGCCUGUUUGCGCACUCUCUCCGCAAAUUCUCCAUGCGAGACUGGGGCAUCGAGCAGAAGUGGAUGUCCAUCCUCCUGCCUCUGCUGCUGCUCUACAACGACCCGUUUUUCCCCCUGUCCUUCCUGGUGAACAGCUGGUUCCCGGGGAUGCUGGACGACCUGUUCCAGUCUGUGUUUCUGUGCGCCCUGCUGCUCUUCUGGCUGUGCGUGUACCACGGGAUCCGGGUGCAGGGAGAAAGGAAGUGUUUGACUUUCUAUUUGCCUAAAUUCUUCAUCGUUGGACUACUGUGGUUGGCAUCUGUUACCCUUGGAAUAUGGCAGACAGUCAAUGAACUACAUGAUCCAAUGUACCAGUAUCGAGUUGACACAGGAAAUUUUCAGGGAAUGAAGGUUUUCUUCAUGGUGGUGGCCGCCGUGUACAUCUUGUACCUUUUGUUCUUGAUCGUGCGGGCCUGCUCCGAGCUGGGUCACAUGCCUUACGUAGAUCUCAGGUUAAAAUUCCUGACUGCGUUGACUUUUGCAGUGCUCGUCAUCAGCAUCGUCAUCCUUUAUUUAAGGUUCGGAGCCCAAGUGUUACAGGACAAUUUCGUAGCUGAACUGUCGACUCACUACCAGAAUUAUAUCCUUUUUCGGGAAGAUGUCAGGCACACAGCCUAG